AUGCCUUCCACAUCUGCUGAACGCGAUUCCUUGUCGAAGGUACCAAGAACACCUUUGAGCUAUGCUCAUUCACAAGAUACCGGCAUGCAGCAGUCCCAGACGACUGUGAGAGGACAACAUCAAGGCGUGGCUUCUUGGUCAAUGCCAAGAUUGAAGCUCACCCACCCUCUGCCUGAUUACGAUUGCUGUCAGGCUCGAUACCUCUGGUGUCUCUGCAAAGCGCUUUCUGCUUGUGUCCUGACAGCCACAAUGACGAGCGCACGAAACUCGACUUAUUCGACACACAGUGUGGCUGAUACUCACCUAUUGGCAAUGCUCGACGGCAAACAAGAUAUCCAUGGAGACGACACCCAAAGCUCUAGACUUUCAGCAUACUUUUCUACAAAGCUUCUGGAAACAAUCCUGAUUGUUCCAAGCACCUCAUCUCGCAAACAUGGGCACGAAUUACCCGGCACGCAAUUAUCAGCAACAUCUUUCGACGACAUGCAGAGAACGGUCCAAGUCAUUGGGCUUCCCAAACCUGAGAAGUCAAAACCAAGCCUGAAACGUUCUCCCGAGUCAGAACACAUCAUCGACGACGCGGCCAUUGAUGAUCCUUUUCGAGGCCAUGAUUACGACUCUGAACCACAGAUGCAAUACAUGUCACCCAGUCAAGAAUCAGUCGCCCACGCGCCCGAGUACCGCCAGUAUAUUAUGGAUAUGGCGGAGGAUAUAGUGGUCCUCAGCGACCGCCGCAGGCUUACUUUCCGGGAGGCAAGCGACAACGAAGGUACGGAGGAGGUUAUUAUCAUGGCGCGGGUGGUUGUGGGUAUGGCAGAGGUGGUUAUCCAGGCUGCGGUCCGUACUACACACCACGGCCAGUCUUCGUCCGGCGACAUGGCGGUUGUUGCUGUUGCUGUUGUUGAAGGUUCUCAGUCAGGGCAAAGCACUAGGCUUACAGAUGGGUUGGAAGGCCUCGUUCAAUUGAUUCUUCUUGGGGGUUAA